ACAUUUUUGAGUAAACUUAAAUGAGAAUGAUCUGUGGUAGUUUCCAUACAAGGAAUUUGGCAGCAAUUAUUCAUUUUUUUUCCAUCCUUCAUUCAAAGCCAACGUUUUUCAUUCAUCCAGCAAAAGUCUGUGUUUCACAUUUUUUCCCCGAGGUCUGGCAUUGUUUCUGCAAUGGGUCUUGUUUGUAAUGCUUUGUAGUGGAUAAAAAAAAAAAAAGAAAACAUAAAUAAAUAAAAAUAGACAAGAUACAAGUUGCGCCGCCUGGAUACAAGGACCUUCCGAGAAGAACAUUUUGUUGUGGAGAAUUGGAGAGGGGCCGGAGGAACAAACGACUCUUCAAUCAGAGGUUCCUCUUCAUCUUCGGAUAAUAUACACCAUCACUGCUCAUAUGAGUCGACGGGACGGGUUCGAAUUUUACACCAAGCACUUAAAAUCAAAUCAAGCGUUGGAAGCCCGAGAGUCGAUGCAGGUUUUUUUUAAACGCAACAUUGUGAAAUGUGAGUAGUGCUUCAGCAAGAGUUUAGCUACACAUUUAGAGAUAGAGGAGACUUGUCCACUGAAACUUAUGUUUGAGGAAAAUAAGAGGCAGAGGAUGUCAUCCAUGUUUGGUAAAUCGAGAUCUUGCAGUGUUGUUAAUUUAUCUACCAUAUCUGACCGAGGUCUCAAUGAAUGCAAUAUCGCAGUGUUAGGAUGCAGAGGAUCGGGAAAAUCUGCUUUGACUGUGAAGUUUCUCACCAAAAGAUUCAUCAGUGAAUAUGAUCCAAAUCUGGAAGAUACUUACACCUCAGAAGAAAUUGUGGAUCAGCAGCUGGUUCUUCUGAAAGUCAUGGAUACGGCGGACCAGGAUGGGCCUGUGAACUGUGAACGCUACCUUAACUGGGCCAACGCCUUCAUAGUGGUGUACAGCAUUGAGAACAGAAGGAGUUUCGAAGCGUGCCGUCUGUACCUGGACAUUGUGUCCAUCCACACUAAGGGAGUGCAGCAGGAGUACCCAGUGAUUCUACUGGGGAACAAACUGGACAUGGAAAGAUACAGACAGGUCAGCAAGUCCGACGGACUGUCGUUGGCCUCCAAGUACGGCUGUCUGUUUUAUGAGGUGUCGGCCUGCCUGGACUUCGACUCGGUGCAGCGCGUGUUUCACAAGGCCGCCCGCGAGGUCAAGCGCGAGACGGUGCAACCGCUCUUCAUCAGCGAGGAGAAGGCGGUCGUGAGCCUGUCUUCCGCCACGACCCUCCCCGCCAACUACAAAGAGCUGCCCUCCGUCGCCCAGGCCAAAGUCAUCACCGUCAAGUCCUCCCGAGCGCAGAGCAAGAGGAGGGCCCCAACACUCACCCUGCUCAAGGGCUUCAAGAUAUUUUAA